UAACGGUACUAAUACACGAGUUGCGUGUACGCAGUCAUUUCCGUGGACCGCUUUUAAUGCUGAUUGGUUUUCGCAUACAAUUGGAUGGUUUCCACAAUUAACCAACGGUUGUAGUAAGACAAAGACAGUAGCCGCCUGUCCACUUUGGUGAUUCAUAACCGUUCGCGUCGCAGGGUAUUAUUCAAUAGUGUCCUUGCAGUGGCCUGGGAACGGCGGGAUGAUUCUUCAGUUCUUUGGGAGCGGAGAGAAGGGAAUGCUGUGACUAAAUAAAAGAUAACGUGCUCUGGAUUUUGUUGCCAAAUAAGGCUGUGAAGUGUCGGUGGGGACAGUGUGAAUAACUGUCAGCUUCGACUUUGGAGUGCAAUUGAAUCUACUUUUUUGAGAGACGCUGGAAGUAACCAACGGGUUGGCCACACAACAAGCUCGGACUAAGCACAGUCGCAAAGAGAUCAAAACAGCACAAAAAACGUGCUGUGCGGUUAUUUCAAGGAUAUUCCAUAUCUAAAAAAGUGGGAGAGUCGUAAUAGAAAGAAGACAUAAAAAACAAUGUGGGAUGCCAUAAUCAAAAUAACGGCCUUUUUAGUGACCUUUGCCCUUCGUAAUGCCCGCGGGUAUACCAUUGGUAUAACAUCACAGGCUUCUUAUGCCAAAUACACUAAGUGGAACCCCUGCCCGGAUGGGUCUUUGAAAUUUGAAUUCAAAACCCAAGAACCGGAUGGCCUACUCGUUUAUUUGGACGACGGCGGGAGUCUCGACUUCAUUGAGGUGAAACUGGUCGAUGGAGCGUUACAAUUUCGAUAUAACAUGGGCGAAGGCGUGGCCACAGAAAUUAACCUGGGCGGAAACCUUAACGACGAUGCCUGGCACUCGGUUCAAAUAGAGAGACAAGAUGGCGCCGUUCAGUUGGUGUUGGACGCUGAGAGAACAUCAAAAUCGGUUCCUAAUGACAAGCCGCAAUUUGGUGAAUUGGAAGGAAACAGUUUUCUGUACAUAGCUGGACUUCCGGUCCAUUUUAAAAGUGACUUGAGGUCUCUCGCCCUCCCAUCUGCAGCCUUCGAAUCGCCCUUUGCAGGAAGCAUUAGGAAUUUGCUGUAUUCAAAUUGCUCCAAAGCGUUUGGGAGUCCAAUACUUCUUGAUUCCGUUGGCAUUGAGAAGGACGUUUCUGACCCAUGCUCCAGCAAAAACGUGUGUAUGAACAAUGGGACGUGUCUUGUCACGGAUACUGGCGCCAUCUGCGACUGUUCAGCGAUCAAUUUUGAGGGAGAGUUUUGCGAAAAAGCUUCACUGCAGUCCUUCACUGUGGUUUUUACCACUCCUAUGCCAUCCUCAUCUACAUCCAAGCCAGUGACAGAGGCUCGCGAACUCGUUGACGCAACGACGCCAGUUGGGGGGUCGGGAUCCACAAACGGCGCCAACUCUACAAUAGGAAAUAUCCUCUACUGCAUUCUGCUAGCUUCCAUUACGUGGAAACUAGAAAGUGGCGACCUCCUUUGAGAAGACGGAAGACUAUGGCCUGAUAAGCUGUGCAGCACUGAUAGCUAUUUAAAGUGGUCCAGUAACUUAACUGUGGGUUACACUGACAGACUGAAAAAAUAAACUAAAAAGAAUUUUUUGAAAAAACUAAUAGAUAUAAAGAAUAAGGUAAAGAGGAAAGGGGAUUAUAAAGAAAGAUAAAUCCCACCGUAGGUCUGAAUUGUAAAGAUAUCAGUAUUACGCAUAAAUAUAGUGGCACCUUGUAUGAAAAAGACUGAUAAUCUCUGUGUAAAAUUCUUUUACGUUGUUGUCGUUGAAGUUAGUAGCACAAGUACUAUGUCCCUGUGUAUGUUUAGGGGGGGGGGAUUUUUUCUCAGUUUUCGGCCUUUCAACUUAAGUGGUAGCUUGAAUAAAAAGUCUAUAACGUCAUCAAUCUGGUGCGUGUAGCGAUGCAUUAGCACUUCAAAUGCAUAUUAUAUACUACAAUGUAAAACAGCUAACAUGAAAGGCCGAAAACUGAGACAAGGCGGGCUUGUGGUGCUUCGAAAAUUGUCUUAAAAUUUUUACCAAAGUAUCUUUUAACAAGGUGAGUAAAGUGUCAUUAAGGCAAAAUACUACCACUUUAUGCAUAUUUGUCAGUGGGCCUAUUUGCGUCAAAAAAUAACGACCCUGAUACCUGGGAAAAUAGGAUGAAAACGGGGAACACAUAGUUCGUGAAU